CCUCCUCAUUGGCCUACCGAAUUGCAGGCUAUCCCCUCUUCAGUCUAUCCGUUCUGUAUCUGCCACCCCUCUCUGCCAAUCCCUCCAUUGGCCUCCACUGAGUGUCUUCCACCCCUCUCUGCCAAUCCCUCCACUGGCCUCCACUCAGUGUCCUCCACCCCUCUCUGUCAAUCCCUCCACUCAGUGUCUUCCACCCCUCUCUGCCAAACCCUCCACUGGCCUCCACUCAGUGUCCUCCACCCCUCUCUGUCAAUCCCUCCACUGGCCUCCACUGAGUGUCUUCCACCCCUCUCUGCCAAUCCCUCCACUGGCCUCCACUCAGUGUCCUCCACCCCUCUCUGC